CCCGGUAGAGCCACUAGAGGUAAGAAACACGUGCGAUUAGCAUUGGUGUGGAGACGAGUAUUUGUCAAGUUUUCUGCAGUCGGGAAUACAAACAAAAAUGGGCACAAAGAAAAUGUCGUUGACCGAGUUCAUGGCGGACCCUAGUCUGGGAACGCCCUCCUGGAUUGAGGACGACUUCGAUAUCACGAGCACGUUGAACUCGAACCCGUUCAAGCCGGCGGCCCCGUCGCCGUUCGGUAACAGCGGCAACAAGAGCAACCUUUUUGAGCGGAGCCAUAACGGCUUCGGCAUGCGAGAAGCCCGCAACGGCGACUUCCACGAGCCCGGCGCCGGCACCUCGUGGCGAAGCUCGGCGAUGCCCCGAGGAGGGCAAUCCCACAACUACAAGAACUCGAACAUCAUUGUCUUUGACAACGUGCCUCCCUUCUGCACCCGCCAGUUGAUCAAGGAGUUGUUUGAGUCAAGAUACACCAAGUUGGAAAAAUGCCACGUCUUGCUCGACCCGUCUGACCCGACCCACAAGAAGAAGAUCGCAUUUGUUUUCCUGUACACGCCGCAAGACAUGCAGAAGGUGUUGAAGUGGAACGGAAUCAACAUCGAGAGAUCGAGGAUCAUCAUCGACUCGGCCUCUUCCAACGAGUUCCAGGCGAUCUUGCAGUUCAACCACGAGCUUAACUUCGACGAAGACCUGGAGGACAAAAGGAUUGAGGAUGAGCAGAAAGAACAGAGAGAGCAGCGGUUGAAGAGACAAAUGAGCCCAACACCUAUCACAGCAACAAAUACACAGCCAAGUAUACCCAAAGUGAACCCAUUUGGAAACGCUAAACCUGUUGUCGUCCCGGAGAUCCCAAUCAUUUCCGAAAGCACGAAAGAAAUCGCCAAGGUUCUCGACCAGGCUUCCAAACCGAGCGGCGAACCUCACCGUGUCCAGCCAAAGGUCAAUCCUUUUGGGAAUGCCAAGCCGGUUCUAGUGCCGGAAAUCCCAAUAAUAUCGGAAAACACAGCAGAGAUAGCACGAAAGCUGGAGCUGAAGGUGGACUCGUCGAAUAAAAGCAAUAGGGCCAAUUCGAUCUCUAAGUCCCCAGUGAGGGCACCUGUCCACCCAAAGCCUAAUCCCUUUGGAAAUGCUAAACCUGUCGACACGUUGGCAAAACAGCUAGAAAUUGAGAAGAAAUUGACAAAAGCUGCAGUGAACGAAACUACGUUCGAUAUGACGUUGAUCCACGGGAAAAAAAAUAAGGAGAAGGCUGUUGCAGCGGCAGCGGCAACAGAGAAAGAGAAAGAGAAAGAGAGUGAUGGAAAAUCCCACAGUCCAGGGUCUCCGGUUAAAAUAUUGAGGAGGAAGGAUUCUGUUGGAAGCGGUGCAGUUGACAGGAGAAGGGAUGUUGAAGAAUCGAAAUCACCGUCUUCCUCGUCAUCUUCGUCCUCUUCGGGGAAAGGAUAUAAAACGACGUCUGGAUUCGAAAGAAGAAUUGCCAGAGAUUUGAGUGAGGAGGAGUAUGAACAGGAGAUGAAAAAGCGUAACGAACUACGUAGCCACUCUGCUGGCAAGGAGAGAGGACGAGGAGCAAGUAGACGAAUGUCGGCAGGCCGCUUUGGCAACAAGCAGCGACACAAUGCCCCACCAGGCAUGGCUGCCCACGGCGGACACGGACACGGUGUGUCAGAUAAUCAUGAUGGUACUCCGCAAGAACCAUAUACCAAGUCCGUGGAAAAAGGCAAAGAUGAAGAAGGGGAGGAAGGAGCCGGAGAUGAGAAGCCGUCUGACGGUUUCGAGAACUACGUCCAGCACGAGCACAACAACGAAGAGAAUGUUGAACCAGCCAAUCUCGAUGCCGUCAGUGGCGCUGGUGAGCGGGCUGCUUCCGACGCCCAAAACAAAGAGGAGGGCAAGCCUACAUCUUCGGAGGAUCACAAUUUGACGAAGGCCAGCGAAGAAACCCCGGUUGGAAUCGAAGAAAGAGGGGAUGCCAGAGAGGCCGGUGCCGAAAGUCCAUCUUCUCCCUCCUCUCCGUCGACGGCAGCGAUGUCCAGAGGCCGUGGCCGGGGUCAUGGUGGCCGUGGUGGAGGACCCAGAAGGGGGCGUGGCGGACGUGGAGGCCGUGGCGACUAUAGUGAGUCCGGCUGGGGCCGUGAGGGGUAUGGCGGCUAUGUACGUGGUCGCGGCAGAGGGUCCAGCAACCGCAGUCGUGGCGGAUACAACGGCCGGGGCGGGUAUCGGAACCUCGUCUACCACAAGCCCACCACCGAGGCUGGGGCCAAAGAGGGCUCCAAGGAAGGCGCCGAUGCGAACACGGAGCCAAGGACAGAAGCUAGCGCAGCAGUCCCAGCUACUGCGCCUGCAAAGACUGAGUGAACGUUGCAAUGCUGUAAUGCAGCAAGAAGCUCCUUGAACGAGUAAUGUGUAAUAAAGUGUAUAGUUAGUUUGUGUUGUGUUAAUUGGAUCCCAUUCCAGCGGAUCCUGCCUGUCAAAAAAGAAAACCCC